AUGAUUCCAUACGAAGCAGUCUUUGGUCAAAAACCACGGAUAGGACUGGCAACAAAAGUACCUCGACAGUUGGUAGAAAAUAUAAUGACAGGUACAUUGGAAGAGGAUAUUAUACUGAAAAUGCUUUUAAAUGAGGACAAAGAGGACAAUGAGGACGUACAAGUACUCAAUACUGAAACAAUAGAUUUAGAGCGUACGCAAGAUACAGAAGAAGUAUUAGAAGCUACUACUGCGUGCUCGCAGCAUAAUAUUAUUCCAGAAAAUAAAAUAGAACAAAAACUCGAGAAAUUAAUAAAGACCACGCAAAAAAUUUCGGAUAUUGAAAGUGACACCGACAAAGUAAGUCUAUGCAUAAAAUGUAAUUUAAAUUAUUGA